UUUCAUUCACUUUUUACAUUCGUUCUUUACCGUCCAAGUCGACGCCUUACACUCUUUAUCAAAAUGAAGUCCUCUACUUUUGGUAUGCUCGCUCUGGCAGCGGCUGCUAAGCUCGUCAGCGCCCACACCACCGUCCAUGCCGUCUGGAUCAAUGAUGUCGACCAGGGUGAAGGUAACAGCGAGAGCGGCUACAUCCGUUCUCCCCCCAGCAACAGCCCCAUCACCGAUGUCACCUCCAAGGACAUGACCUGCAACGUUAACAACAAGGCUACCGCCAAGACCCUGGAGGUCAAGGCCGGUGACAAGAUCACCUUCGAGUGGCACCAUGACUCUCGCAGCGCGUCUGACGACAUCAUCGCUUCCUCCCACAACGGCCCCAUCCUUGUCUACAUGGCCCCCACUGAGAAGGGCACUGCUGGCAACGGCUGGGUCAAGAUUGCCGAGGAUGGCUACACCGAUGGCACCUGGGCCGUUGAGACUCUGAUCAAGAACAAGGGCAAGCACUCCGUCACCGUGCCCGACGUUGCUGCCGGCGAGUACCUCUUCCGCCCUGAGAUCAUCGCUCUCCACGAGGGUAACCGCGAGGGCGGUGCUCAGUUCUACAUGGAGUGUGUCCAGGUCAAGGUCACCUCUUCCGGCUCCAAGACCCUCCCCGAGGGUGUCUCUAUCCCUGGCGCCUACACCUCCACUGACAAGGGCAUCCUCUUCAACAUCUACGACUCCUUCGACAGCUACCCCAUCCCCGGCCCUGCCGUCUGGGAUGGCGCUUCUGCCUAGUUCCAACGCCGGCGGCGCUGUCAAGGAGUGGUACCAGUGUGGUGGUCUGAACUAUAAGGGUAGCAACCAGUGUGAGCAGGGUCUCACUU